GUCUAUUCCGUCUCUUUAAAGUGCCCGGGCUCUGCUGGUGUGAAAGGAGCUCUGGGGCUCUGCUGUAAAGAAGUGCCAUGGCAUACUCCGGUUCAUCGUCACUCAGACCUCCAAAGAACCAGAAGUCAUCGAGCAGAGGGAGGAGCUCUAAAGGGCUGAAGGACAUCCGCAUUGAUGAGGAGGUGAAGAUCGCCGUUAAUGUGGCCCUGGAGAGGUUUCGCUACAGUGAUGACAAAGAGAUGGAGUUUCCCUCCUCGCUGACGAGCACAGAGCGAGCGUUCAUCCAUCGAAUGGCUCAGUCUCUGGGUUACAUCUCUAAGAGCAAAGGGAAAGGGUCCAAGCGUUUCCUCACCCUCAGGAAGAAGGACGGAUCAGACAAGCCCCGGCCCACCAUGCUUCUGGCUCUAUCCCAUAAUUCCUUGUUUUCUAUGGGUAGCCUGCUGCAGAGGUUCCCCCUCAGCAUGAAGGAACGUCUGGAGCUGCAGCCGGGGAAGCAGAGCAGCACGUCUCCGUCUUCAGACUCUGACAGUGGCUCAGACAGAACCAGAACCAGCGGCCGUCUGAAUAACGGGAUCCCUAUGGUUCCUCAGAGGAGGAACCCGUCAGAGCUGGACGCCUUCAGACGCUCUCUACCCGUCCAUGAACGCCAGGACGAGAUCCUGCAGCUCAUCAGAGACCACCGGGUGGUGCUGGUGCUGGGGGAGACCGGCUCUGGGAAGACCACACAGAUCCCUCAGUUUAUCCUGGACGAGUGCAGCAGGACAGAGCAGCCCUGCAGGAUCUUCUGCACGCAGCCUCGACGACUCGCCGCCAUCGCCGUGGCCGAGAGAGUGGCGGCGGAGAGAGGAGAGAGCGUGGGCCAGACGGUGGGAUAUCACAUCAGACUGGAGAGCAGAGUUUCCCCAAAGACUCUUCUGACCUUCUGCACCAGCGGCGUUUUCCUCAGGACACUGAUGGCCGGAGACGCCAGCCUGACCACGGUCACACACGUCAUAGUGGAUGAGGUCCACGAGCGAGAUGGUCUGACAGACUUCCUGCUCAUUAAGAUGAGAGACGUCCUCCAGAAGAUCCCGUCCCUCAAACUGAUCCUGUCCAGCGCCGCGCUGGACGUCGACCUGUUCAUCAACUACUUUGGGAACUGUCCCGUCAUCAAACUGAAAGGUCGUCAGUUCGAGGUGAAGGAGCUCUUCCUGGAGGACGUCCUGAGGCUGACCGGCUUCAACAGCGACAACGAUGACAUGAAGAAAUACAACGAGGACACCGAGAGGAAGGAGCACAGUCAGAAGCAGCUCUCUGAUUGGUGCAAAGCCGUGGAGAACUGCUCACUUGGAGACGGAGGGAGGCAGAGCCCUCGAAGUGCUGGUCCUAACGAACAACAGGAACGAGGAGACGCACCGACGCGACACACGGAAGUAGAGGAGGUGGAGCCGUGGAUUCAGAAGGAGAUGGACAGCUGUAUUUCCAGAAUCUUCCUCCAUGAGGAAGAGGAAGCUUUCACUCAGCUGUUUAACCUCAUCCUGUAUGAGAGUGUCAACGUGGACUACAGACACAGUGAGACAGGCUCCACCCCUCUGAUGGUGGCGGCUGGGCGGGGCUUCAUCAUGCAGGUGGAGCAGCUGCUGAAUAUGGGAGCAGACGUCAACAUGAAGGCCUCUAAUGGAUGGACGCCAUUGGACUUUGCUCAACACUUCCAGCAGACAGACGUUGUCGACCUCCUCAGAUCCUCCAUUCCUUUAGAUGGUGGUGGUAUCGAUGAAUCAUCUCUGCUCCAGAGUGGAGAUGUGGAGCUGAGUGCAGAGGAGCAGGAGUUACUCAAACUGUAUCAUCACAGCUUUGAUGACGAGAGAGUCGACCUGAACCUCCUCAUGAACCUGCUGCACAACAUCUGCUCCACCACGGCUGACGGUGCUGUGUUGAUUUUCCUCCCUGGAUAUGAUGAGAUCGUGUCUCUCAGGGAUCGAAUCCUCUUUGAUGAUCAGAGAUUCACCGUGCACCCUGACAGGUACCAGGUGUUCACGCUCCACUCUGACAUGCAGACGUCCGAUCAGAAGAAAGCCAUGAAGGCCUGUCCGCCCGGGAUCAGGAAGAUCAUUCUGUCCACGAACAUCGCAGAGACGAGCAUCACCAUCAACGACGUGGUGUUUGUCAUCGACUCGGGAAAGGUCAAAGAGAAAUCCUUUGACACACUGAGUCAUGUGACCAUGCUAAAGACUGUCUGGAUCUCUAAAGCCAGUGCCCUGCAGAGGAAGGGGAGAGCGGGACGCUGCAGACCGGGGAUCUGCUUCCACCUCUUCAGUCGACUUCGAUUCAGUAACAUGCUGGAGUUUCAGGUGCCACAGCUGCUCAGGAUGCCUCUGCAGGAUCUGUGUCUGCAGACCAAACUGUUGGCUCCGUCCUCGUGUCCUAUCGCUGAGUUUUUAUCCAAAGCUCCUCAGCCUCCUCCCGCCCACUCCAUCAAGAACGCCGUGCACAUGCUGAAGACGAUCGACGCCAUGGACCAACACGAGGACCUCACUGAUCUGGGCUACCACCUGGCUGAUCUACCUGUGGAGCCUCACCUGGGGAAGAUGGUGCUGUGUGCCGUGGUCCUGAAAUGUUUGGACCCGGUUCUGACCAUUGCCUGCACACUGGCCUACAGAGACCCGUUCAUCCUGCCUGCUCAGAGCUCGCUGAAACGAGCCGCCCUGCAGUGCCGCAAACGCUUCACCUCUGGAACCUUUAGUGACCACAUGGCCCUGCUGAGAGCCUUCCAGGCGUGGCAGAAAGCUCGCAGUGAUGGCUGGGAGAGAUCGUUCUGUGAGAAGAACUUCCUGUCUCAGGCGACCAUGGACAUGAUCCUGGGGAUGAGGACUCAGCUGCUGGGACAGCUACGAGCUAUUGGUUUUGUGCGUGCUCGCGGCGGCAGCGAUAUCCGUGACGUGAACAUGAAUUCAGAGAACUGGGCUGUGGUGAAGGCGGCUCUGGUGGCCGGCAUGUAUCCUAACCUGGUCCACAUGAACCAGGAGACGUCACUGCUGUCCAGUAACAGAGAGAAGAAGGUCGUCUUCCACCCCACAUCCAUCCUUAGCCCCGCCCACAACAAGGAGGCCGACUCUCUAAAGUCCUCCAGGAAGUUGCCCACUGAUUGGCUGAUAUAUGACGAGAUGAGCCGAGGUCACAGGAUAGCGAGCAUCCGCUGCUGUUCCGUAAUCACGCCCAUCACUGUCGCCAUCUUUGGAGGCUGUUCCAGACUGCCUGACUCCGCCCUCCAGGAACCUGCCGGGCACAAAGACGCAGAGGCUCCGUCAGAGGAGACCAGUGACAGUGAGGUGGAGGAGCUGUCAGAGAUGAAGCUUGAUGAUUGGCUGGUGUUUCAGAUGGACAGAGAGGCUGCUGGUCUGGUGUUCGAUUUGAGGCAGAAGUGGCAGAAUCUGUUCAUCCGGAGAGUCCGAUGGCCGUCUAAACCGUGGAGCCAGCAGGACGAGGCCGUGGUCAGGACGCUGGUGACGGUGCUAACAGCAGAGGAGCAGGGGGCGGGGCUUCAGCAGCCCAUGGGGAUUGGUCAGAGACCUCGACCCAUGUCCUCAGAGGAGGUACCUCAGACCUCCGUGAAGACCUGCAGGAGCGGCGCCCAGAUACCGCCACAGUCCAGCAGUGAGAGGUCAUGUCGGACUCCAGCGAGGUCAGGACAUCUUCACAUGAAGUCCAAGAGCCGGGAGGAGACCACGCCAGGAGAAGACCCUGCCUCCUCCUCUAACUCCUCCUCCUCUGGGAUCCUGGACACUUCCACUGAUAGUCCUGCCUCUUCUGGAAAGGUGUCUCACUCAGCGUCUCCUCAGCAGCUCCUCCCCUCGCUCAGAUAUUUCAUCAUGAAGAGCAGUAACAUGAGGAACAUCGAGAUCUCCCAGCAGAGAGGGAUCUGGUCCACCACACCGAGCAACGAGACCAAGCUGAACCGGGCCUUCAUGGACCACAGCAUCAUCAUCCUCAUCUUCUCUGUGCAGGGAUCAGGACACUUCCAGGGUUACGCCCGUAUGACGUCGGCGGUCAGCAGGGAGAGCUGUCAGGACUGGGGUCUGGUGGGUCUGGGGGGCGUGUUCAGCGUAGACUGGAUCCACAUGGAGAGUUUACCGUUUCACUUCAGCCAGCACAUCCUGAACCCCUGGAACGAGCACAAGAAGGUCCAGAUCAGCCGGGACGGACAGGAGCUGGAGCCUCAUGCAGGCAGUCAGCUGUUGUUGCUGUGGGACAGGGCCUCUGCUCAGUAAGAAGACGUCUGGUCUGAGGCUGUAGACGGACAUUGAGACGUAUAUUUAUGCCGUUAUGAUAUUUUAUUGUUUAUUUAAACCGUACAGAGGUCGUUCAGUCAAAGUUAGAUUGCUCCUCUGUUGGAUUUUGUGUUUACUGAUCCUGUUCUUGACGGUACUCUCCCUCUGUUCCUGUCAGACUGUCUGACUCCACAUUAAUAUCAGAUCUAAUCCAGUUUGUUAGUUUUAUUUUAAUGAAGGUUGUUUAUAGAAGUGGAUGUUAUCGUUAUUGAGUCAGACUCUCCUUUGGGACAUUCAUUUGAAAAAUCUGCUGUUUGUUGAAUUUGUGGAGCCAGAAAUGACCAUAACUGGACAAGAGGGCGGAGACCCUUAUUCCUCUCUAGCUCCACCUUCUUGUCCAAAUAUGGUCACUUUCUUUAAAAAAAAAUGCAGCUUUAAGACUCUGGUAGCUCUUUACUUUAGCAUCCAGAAAUCCUCCUGAGGGUCUGUGGACCAUAGAAAUGAACUCUCUGAUGGUGUCCUCUUCGUAUAAACCGUGUCUGUUCAGUCCACCGUGUGCGUGCCGUUUAAGCACGUUAGCAUGUUCCUCGGCUCAUUCAGAGCGUUUAAGUGUUCUUUAUGUUAAAGCCUCAGAUGAUGGUCACACUGAUCAUCACGGAAUAGAUUUGAGAAUUAAUUUCAGCUGAUUCAUCAAAUUUUUACUGAUGGUAAACUGAAAUCUGUUCUUAGUGUUUGAUCGUUCUUUUAAAUGAUGAAGAGGAGAAGUAGAGGCGGGGUUUGGUUUAGUCAUGUCCAUGAUUGUGUUAAUGUGAUCAGAAAAAAUAAAAAACAUUCUGGUUAA